AUGGGUGAGUCUCGAUGUAAGGUGUACUCUGAGGGUCUCUGCGGACCGAAUAACGAGUGGUUUACACCAAAGCAGAAACAGCUGACCGGUCGCAUCCGGGCAGCCCUCUCCUGCUACGGGGUGCCCAUCCACACGUCCGGUGAUACAGUGUGGGAGGAGAUUGUUUCUGCUUACCAGCACGCCUUCCCAACACUCUCACUUCACCCGCCUGCGUCGUAUCGAAAACUCUAUGACGAUCAUGAUGACCUUAAUCAACAGGUCAAGACUUACAAGGAACACGGUGUCGAUCUAGAUCUUCUCACAGCAGCGGAGAGGGAGGAGGGUCUUGAGGUUCUUCAGGAACUCGGAGCAGUCAAGCGCCCAAAAUUCGUCAUCGGAAGUGUGCCGUCCUACAUCUCGAGCGAGCAACUGCAGUUGUUCAUCAGCCGCCCCCUGAUCCCAUUCACCGACAUCGACGACCAGCUCGCCGCUCGAUUUGUCGCUUAUCGCCGUGUCUUGACAGGCAACGUCACGGGAUUCGCCUACCCCGGAUUCUGGGAGGACGCUCAGGCUGAGUUUGGCUCUCGAUUCCCGCGGCUUUUGGCUCACUCACCUGGGUCAUGGAGCUCCCGGGUGCAAGGACAAGCCACUGGCGGCCAGCCUGCGGCUGCUUACAUCAAGAAGAGUGCCGAAGAGUUCUUCCUGGCGGGAAUCGACUCGAAUUUGCUCACGGCAGACGAGCGCGCCGCGGGAACAACAGCCGCCGACAUGAUCGAGCGGCUCGCGCGUCUUGGGUAA